AGAGAGAGACGGGGAGAGAGACAGAGAUCUCGAGCGAGUGAGAGAGAGUGAAAUAAGUUUUUUGAGUGACCUACAAAUACUGGUUUUUGUUUUUGUGCGGCCCGUGUGAAACCGACAGAGUGCGGAGCAAUGGCCACCGCGACGACGACCACGACAACGGUUGUGGUUAAGCGCCCUGGUCCGCCAGUGCCGCCCAGACCCAAAAUUGCAGCAGCAGCAGCAGCAGCGGCGGCGGCAGCAACAGCUCCUCCAGUCAUACAGAAAAAACCAAACUUUGUUAGCCAACUGAGUGCAGUGGGACGAACUUUAGUAUACAAGUCUCCAUCAUUGAGUCUGCAGGCUAAGAAACAGGCUCAAACCCAGACGCCUACCACAGCGGUGCCAGCUCCAACUGCCACUGGGACAGCUCCAUCGCCAGCGCCAAAACCUCCACUAAAACUACGCAAGGCUCCGGAUGUGCCCACAGCCAAACCAAGGGAUAGUGUGACAAGUCCACAAUUGGUCACCGUUAACCGUCACAAUUCGAUGACUGUCAAUGGCAGUGCUCAGGCUUCUCCCCUAAAGGAUACACGUUUGAGUCUGGGCAAGGUCGAUUUCGACAGAGCUGGCCUACAUCCCACCACACAGCCUUUGCCCAAACCCAGGAAAAUAGUUCAGAUGCCGGUGGCCACAUUGGAUAUGGAAGAUGUGCCGAUCUUUUCGCCACCAACACCUUCUUCUACACCAGCCAUUAGCAUAUUCAGACGAUCGAAAACCACACUGGAUAACUUUACCUCUUCUCCGUCGACGGGAUCGACAGGCAAUCAUCAUCAGAGUGGGGGUGGUGGCUCUUUUCUGGGUGGAAAAACUAUCGAGAUUAAGAAUAAUCUAAAGAAUGCCGCUGAGCGUCUGUUUUCGGAAAUAAUCAUUAGCCAGAAUCAGAAACAAAAUGCAGCUGAUACAACAAUCAUAACGAAACAUGAAAGGGCCAUACAACAUCAGGCUUUGGUUGAGCAGGAAAAGGAAAAUAUGCAGGAGCACCUGAAACGUGAACGAGAGCGGGAACGGGAACGCGAACUUCAACAGUUUACCAUUGAGGCAGCUGGCAAUCGCACUUGUAUUAAUAUUAAUGGAGGCAAAACUUCUGUUAGUGCUGGCCAUACACCGGAAAAGAAGCAAACUUUCCAUGAGUUGCUAAUCUCCGAGUUGGCUGCCAUGCGAAAUCGAUCCUGCUCUCUUGAGAAUUUGCCCAGUUCCAAGACAAUGGACACAGCAUCGACUAUUACUUCUACUACUAUGACAACUGGCAAAUCCGUCACGAAUAAGUUUGUUUCACGUCAACGCUAUAACUCCAUUGAUGAUGCCGAAGAGGAAGAAGAUGUGGACGAAGAUGUCGAUGCUGAUAAUGUGGAGGAUGCCGAUGGUGAUGGCGAUGAAGAGGACACUUUGACCUAUGCCGUUAAUAAAUCAUUCAAGGAGAAUAGCAUCACAGAAGCGAUGACUACAUCGUCGCCUAGGAAACGUUGCCCCUCCGGAUGCUCAUCGGACUCAUCGCCAUACGGUACAGAGCGUUCGCAGCGUAUACGAACCUCCGAUUGGAUUGAGGUGGGCGACAAUGGCAAACAGGUUACACUAACCAGUUGUCACAUAAGUCUCGAGGAUUCCGGGAUGGAGGAUGAGGAGCGCCUGGAUGAUAUGUCAUCAUCGGGCGUUGGCGACAGUUGGGAUAGCGUCAAGGAGGCGGAGAAUGAGAAGCGAUGCCGCAAUGUGAAACGUGGAUUGUCCAUCAGCGGUUUACCUCCAUUGCCAAAAUCUCUCAUUGGCUUCAAUAAGUUGCUUGGCUCCGAUUCGGGCUUACUUAGUGAUGUUGAGACUCCGCAAGAGUCAAAUAUCAUCAAUAACAACAACAACAACAACGACAAUAACAAGGAGAACAACAGCAGCACAGCGAAACAAAAAGAUAGUGAUAAAAAGCGAACCGGCUAUGCUGAUCAGCCUUUAGCUAAAGAUAGCAAUGAUAAUACAAAUGAUGAACUGGUGGAUCCGCCCACUGCAAUAUCAGGCAAUAUGAAAGAAAACAGCAUGCCAAUAACCCCAGCAGCAACAACAACAACAACAACAACACCAACAACAUCAACAACACCGUCAGCGGCAACAACAACAACAACAUCAGUGUGUGCCUCACCUGCCAAGUUAAACACAACGGGCAGCACCUUGGAUGCCCAGAUAGCGACACUGCGAAAAGAAAUGUGUGGGUUGCGACAAUUGGAUCUCUCAUUGCUGUCACAAUUGUGGGUGCUGAACGACUCUAUACAGGAGUUUCGCACCAUGAUCGAGGAACAGGAAAUGGAUGAAGAUGAUGAGGGCGACGAAGAUGGAGAGGAGAAUGAUGAGGAAUCAGUGGUGGUUGAAAUUGAUGAGCAGGGUAAUCGCAGACAUUCACCCACACCCUCAUCCUACGAUUCGCUAAGCUCUGAGGGUGGACCAGAGGCUGAUAUGGAUGCUGAUCUUGUGCUGCAAGCCAAGCGACUGGGUACUAUACCAAAAGUAAUAACAACACAACCAAAGCAGCAGCAGCAACGGGACUCGAAGCAAAAGCCAUUGCCCAGGAUGCGUAGUGCACCACCGCCACCACCAGCUGCAUUGGCAGCAGCAGCAACAAUGACAGCGCGCAAAGCGGCGGCACCACCACGACCCACAUGAUGUUACCUAACUGACUUCCUUGCCGGAGUCAAGAUGGUCAUGUGCAAGGCGAUUGUGAGUGAUGUGCCGCUUCUGGGGUCGCCAUCAUCCACAUCAGCUAGAGCAGCUGUCGGAAAGUCAUGCUGGAACAACGCGACAGGCGAAGGAUCCGGCAUGGAGACUUUACCGGACCAAAAAAAUAAUACUUUGGCUACACGAAGCAGCGACAUGCACCAUCCGUAGAUAGAAUAUAUACAAAUAUAUAUAUAUAAUCGAUCCAAUCUAUUUAUCUCUAAAGCCUUUAUAAGCGAACUGAACUAGAUAUUUUGGGUCAUGCAAAAUUAACCUUGAAUACCUUGAACUUUUAUACAGAUUUCUACUAAAAUAAAAAAGGGAUUUUAUUUGUGCUUAUACUCUGUCCUUUUGUAAUGCAGUAGUUCAUGUCGAACCAAAAAAAAAGCGGUCCGAAAGUUGCCCAAAUAUUGCAUGAUCCAAAUCUAAUCGGAAAGCAUUUUUACGACGAUUGCAACCUUUUAGGCCAUAAGUUUAGCAGUCCUUUGUGUGAUCUUCAGUUUUAAGUUAAUUGUGUAUAUUAUUUUGAAUGUAGACCUAUCAUGGUAGGCAAUACAAAUGGGUUCAGGCAUAUGGCGGGUUCAGCAUAUAUAUAAUUUCAAGCAUAUUGUAAUUGGUAUUUGUAAUUUUAGUUAAAGAAAUGACGGCGUUCUCUAUGCCGACGGCUGAAUGAAAACUUUGUUUGUUUCAAUUAUUUUAAUAAAACUUAAUCGAAACUGUCACCUAGGCCUAAGCACCAUCUACUAUAUAUACUGUAUAUAACACUUUCUUUAAAUAUCUAAUGAGAAAUGUGCGAAAUAAACAAACCUAAACGAUGCAUUCAA